CUACGAUUAUUCGUUUAUAAUGCCGUUCCCUCCGCGAGAAUUCAACUCAUCAACCCCACAUGUAGAUUCCUCUAUCAUAGAGGUCACUUGACCGGAAAUUACCGAACCCAGAACCCUACAACAUGGUUUCUAAACCAGCCAUGGUUAAGGAACGUCCUAGGUCGUUUGGAAUCGGAGGAGCUGGAAACAUCCGAACAUGGGAAGAUGCAGUUGUUCACGAUGCGAUAUCUGCAAGCGAAGCUGUAGAACGCCGCAGAAGCAGUCUAAUGAGUCUAGGCUCAGUAGACAGUGCCGAUUCGAAAUCCUCUAAGAUUUCCGGGCGUUUCAAAAGCAUAUUCCGAAGUCGUUCGAAGUCGAUACCGGAGGUCAGCGAGUAGAGUAGAUGGCCCACGGAACAUAUCUCUAUGAACUAAUGGUAGUGUGAUUGGCAAUAAGUAAUAGUAAAGGAGUUGAAGGUAAUACCACGGGGUCGGCAUCAUUUAUUGGGUAUCUCGAAAUCGGAGUCUACAUGACAUAUCUAAAAUACGGGUUUUCUUUAUCUGUCAGGUCCUGAAAAGCAAGUUUGGCUCGUUCGGUUUCAUCUUCCACCAUCAUGGAUUCCUUCUUGCGAUUCU